AGAAGGAAGAAAGAAGAAGGAAGGUAGCGACUGGGAAUAAAAAAAUACAGAGCAGACCAGAAAGAAGACAGCUAACGAGGCACACGGCAUAGUAAAAAAGUUACUAUAACCUAUAGUGAUAGAGAGAUGCGUUCACAUGUAUUUCUCUAUAUCUAUCACUCUUUUAUUGUGACUGUGUGAGGCCACAGCAACACUUCUCUUCACCCUUUCUUCACUUCACUGUGAUCCUCUCUCUCUCUCCUUCCUUUUCUCUGCAAAUUCAGUCUCUGGAUUCGUAUAAAGUGCACUGAGUUCUUCUCUUUAGCAGAGGUGUGCGUAUUUUCGCACACUCAAAUCCAAUCCUGUUUUGCAUAAGCUUGUAGAAAAUUCUUGACAAUGAAGCACAAGGAUGGAAAACCGAUUCUUCAGCAUGAUAAGAAUUCUACGAAAGUUCCCAUGGCAAUAAUGUUUGUUGUGCUGUGUGGAUUUUCAUUCUACCUGGGUGGAAUUUUCUGUUCGGAGAAGGAAAAGUUUGCAACCAACGAGGUUGCUAAGGCGGUUGAGAAUCCAAAGGAAAAGGCUGCAAUUCCAGCUGCAGGGGCAUUGCAGAUCAAAGCUGUGAAGUUCGACGAAUGCCCUGCAGAUUUCCAAGAUUACACCCCGUGCACGGAUCCUAGGAGGUGGAGGAAGUUCAGUCUCUACCGGCUUUCCUUCAUGGAGCGCCAUUGCCCUCCUGUGUUUGAGAAGAAGGACUGCUUAGUCCCGCCUCCCGAUGGCUACAAGUUGCCUAUUAGGUGGCCUAAGAGCAAGGAUGAAUGUUGGUACAGAAAUGUGCCAUAUGAUUGGAUCAAUAAACAAAAGUCAAACCAGCAUUGGUUGAAGAAGGAAGGAGAGAAGUUCCACUUUCCUGGUGGUGGCACUAUGUUCCCCAAUGGUGUCAGUGAAUAUGUUGAUCAUAUGCAGGCCUUGAUCCCAGGAAUGAAAGAUGGGACAGUUCGGACAGCCAUUGAUACCGGAUGUGGGGUGGCUAGCUGGGGUGGUGAUUUACUAGAUCGCGGUAUUCUCACAGUCUCUCUGGCCCCUAGAGAUAACCACGAAGCCCAAGUUCAGUUUGCAUUAGAACGUGGAAUUCCUGCAGUUCUGGGCAUCAUAUCAACACAGAGACUUCCUUUUCCCUCCAGCUCUUUCGACAUGGCACACUGCUCUCGAUGCCUCAUUCCAUGGACUGAAUUUGGUGGAAUUUAUCUCUUAGAGGUGCACCGUAUCCUCCGGCCUGGUGGUUUCUGGGUUCUUUCCGGCCCACCUGUAAACUACGAGAACCACUGGAAGGGAUGGAACACCACCAUUGAAGAGCAGAAAUCAGAUUAUGAGAAGCUGCAAGAGCUUCUAACAUCUAUGUGUUUCAAAUUGUACAACAAGAAAGAUGACAUUGCUGUCUGGCAGAAAUUAUCUGACAGUAGCUGCUACAAGAAGCUCGAGUCCCCAGACACGUACCCCCCAAAGUGUGACGAUGGUACUGAACCAGACUCUGCUUGGUACACUCCUAUCCGGCCCUGUGUCGUUGUUCCUGACCAGAAGUACAAGAAGAUAGCACUGAAAUCCCUUCCCAAAUGGCCCGAGCGGUUGCACACUGCCCCUGAGCGUGUCUCUGAUGUCCGUGGUGGAAGCGAUGGUGCUUUCAAGCACGAUGACAGCAAAUGGAAGACAAGGGCGAAGCACUACAAGAAGUUGGUCCCUGCCAUUGGAACUGACAAGAUCAGAAAUGUCAUGGACAUGAACACUCUGUAUGGAGGCUUUGCUGCUGCUUUGAUCGAUGCUCCAUUGUGGGUGAUGAAUACCGUUUCCUCCUACUCUUCCAACACGCUUGGCGUCGUAUACGACAGAGGCCUGAUCGGAACUUAUCACGACUGGUGUGAAGCUUUCUCCACUUAUCCUCGUACAUACGAUCUUCUUCACCUCGAUGGACUUUUCACCGCUGAAAGCCAUAGGUGUGAGAUGAAGUAUGUUCUGCUGGAGAUGGAUCGGAUUCUCCGUCCCAAUGGGUAUGCUAUCAUCCGGGAAUCAAGCUACUUCGUUGAUGCUGUGGCGACGUUGGCUAAAGGGAUGAAAUGGGGUUGUCGGAAGGAAGAAACAGAGUACGGCGUGGAGCAGGAGAAGAUCUUGAUCUGCCAGAAGAAGCUGUGGUAUUCCUCUAAGCAGAGCUCAAGAUGAUAUUUUGAGAAAUGAUGAGUUGGGAUCAAUGGAAGCAUAUUUACAUAUACAUCAUAUUUAUCAAUACAAAGACAAGUUCUACACUGCCAUUUUGAUCAAAUCUUUCAACCCAAGGUGGAGGAGAAGUAGCAUAUUGAAUAACCAAGGUCUAAUAUAUUAGUGCUUCUUUUUUUUUUUUUUAAUAUAUAUUCUUUUCAAGGUGGAUUGUAUUCUUCUUCCAUCUUACUUCUUCACCCUUAUGAAACUGUGAAAUCUGUUGAGGGUGCUUGAAGUAUGAAUCGGCGGCCAAAACUUUUUUUUUGUUUGUUUUAUCUAUUUAUUUGGAAACUAUUAAUUUCUAGUAGUUUUUUAUUUUUUAGUGUUAUGUUUUUUUUACAUUA